AUGGAUCCUCGACACACUGGAGACAUACUCAAGCAUUUAGAGAAGCAGAAUGAUUUAUUAAUGAACGCCUAUAAUUCAAUGUCGCAUGAAUUGCAUAAGCUCCAGGUGGAGGAAGAAAUGCUGAUGCGCAAAUUUUAUGAUCUAAUGGCUGCACAAGGGUUAAGUAAAAAGAAAGAAGGCAGCAACAAUAUUUCUGAUGGUGGCCAAGUAGGACAGUCCACUGCAGGGCUCCCAAAUACCAUUGAUAUUUCUGAUGGUGGCCAAGAUAGACACUCCAAUGCAUUAGUCCCUGUUACAACCACUGAUGAACAACAAUGA